AAGGGGGAACUUCUGGCUCCUUUGCCUCAUGAUUAUUGCAGGAGCCCCAGUUGACCCACAGGCCCAUUCUCCCCAAGACAUCUGGUGUGGGGCAGCUAAAGUUCACUGCUCCCUGGAAAGUGUGCUGCCAGCCAGCUGAUCGCCAGGGCCCACGGUGGAUAAAGGAAAACGCUUCACCUGACCUCUGGGUGGCCCAUAAAAACAUCCAGAGAGCCCUGCAGCAACAGGAUCAGGCCGGAGGGACCCGUCUUGGCCUCCAAACCUUCCUUCCUCCUCGUAGUCAUUUGUGGGCAAGCCCUGCUUUCUUUUUGACAACCAUCUUUCUCACAAGACAAUGGAGUGCACCUCCAGGGGUGACACUGAACUGCUGCGUUAGCACUGAAGUGACCUCCCUGGGACACAAGCCUGGGCAGUGGGCAUGGAGGUCCUGGGCUGCCCAGAAGACAAGACCCUGCUCUCAGCCUCACUGAAGUGCUCCAAAGGGAAACAGAGCAAUACCUUUGACAAUCAGCUGGGCCACAAGAGUUGCUGGAAGGAGGCAUCAAUUAAGUGUUUUAAGUUUGUUGUUAGCCACCCUGAGCCCCGUUUCCGGGAAGGGUGGGGUAUAAAUAAUAAUUUAUUAUUAUUUAUGUAUACAACACGGGGAGGGGUUCGCCAGCCGUGUCAGUAAAUGGGCAGAGGAGAGAUGCCUCUGUGGAGCCUGCAUGUUCAGAGGCAGUCUACCACUCAAGGACAGUCAGCUUAUGGGGGCCGAGUGCUGCUUGUGGGUUUCCUCCAGGCCAUAGUAAGGCAAGAGGCUGCUGGGCCAGAUGGAGUCCUUUGGGGGCCAGGGGUGGGCUUGGGCCUGGCUCCCGUGUCUCUCCUCCCCCUCUCUCUCAGGGUGGCAUUCCUUCCUUCUUUCCUGGUCCCUCCAGGCGCCUGUUACUACGAUGCCAACCAGUCCAUGUAUGUCUUUGGCGGCUGCACCCAGAGCAGCUGCAACGCUGCUUUCAACGACCUCUGGAGGCUCGACCUGAACAGCAAAGAGUGGAUCCGGCCACUGGCCUCAGGCUCUUACCCUUCACCCAAGGCGGGGGCCACCCUGGUGGUAUACAAAGACUUGCUGGUGCUGUUUGGAGGCUGGACGCGACCCAGCCCUUACCCCCUGCACCAGCCAGAGAGGUUCUUCGACGAAAUCCAUACCUAUUCGCCCUCCAAGAAUUGGUGGAACUGCGUGGUUACCACCCACGGACCCCCUCCCAUGGCUGGCCACUCCUCCUGUGUCAUCCAGGACAAAAUGAUUGUCUUUGGGGGGUCCCUCGGAUCUCGGCAAAUGAGUAAUGACGUCUGGAUACUGGACCUGGAGCACUGGGCCUGGUCCAAGCCAACCAUCUCCGGGCCCACCCCUCAUCCGCGAGGAGGCCAAUCACAGAUCGUCAUAGAUGACAAAACCAUCCUGGUCCUCGGAGGCUGUGGGGGCCCAAAUGCGUUGUUCAAGGACGCCUGGUUGCUGCACAUGAGCUCCGACCCUUGGACCUGGCAGCCCCUGAAGGUGGAGAAUGAAGAGCAGGGCGCCCCCGAGCUCUGGUGCCAUCCGGCUUGCAGGGUGGGGCAGUGCGUGGUGGUCUUCAGUCAGGCCCCCAGCGGGCGGGCGCCUCUCAGCCCCAGCUUGAACUCCCGCCCAUCCCCCAUCAGCGCCACCCCGCCGGCCCUGGGUCCCGAGGCGCGGGAAUAUCGCUCCCAGUCCCCGGUGCGGACGGCGGAUGAGGCGCCCUGCGUCAACGGCCGGUGGGGCACCCUGAGGCCCCGGGCACAGCGGCAGACACCCUCUGGCUCCCGGGAAGGGAGCCUCUCGCCGGCAAGGGAGGACGGCUCGCCCAUCUUGAACGGCAGCGGGGGCUUGUCGCCCGGCCCCCUGGCCACAGGGGGGGCCUCUCUGGACAGCCCCCUGCAGGCCGCUUCUCCCAGCAUCCCUUCCGCCAUCAAAGGACACGACCCCAAGGCUGGCCUGCCCCUGGGCCCCCGGCGAGGCUCCCUCCCUGACCAGAAGGACCUGCGGCUGGCGGUGGCUGACUUAACCUGGGAGCCGAAGCCUCCGGCCACUUCCCUGGCCUGCCAACUGGACGCUGCAGAGAACAGGACGGUCAGCCUGGCCUUCAGGAACCCUCCGGAACAGACCAACGGCCUCCACACCCCGCCCCACACGGCCAGCUCCUUGGCGGGCGCCGUCUCCCCUGGUGCCCUGCGGCGGAGUCUGGAGGCGGUGAAAGCCCUCUCGGCCAAGGGACCCCCUACCCUGGCCGUCCUCAGUCCCCCUCUGGUCUCCUCGCCAGCGUCCCCUGGCAGCCAGAGCGGCAGCGCUAGCAGCACGGAGGGGGCGGCGGCAGCUGCCCCCAGCAUCCCCCGGCCCGUCUCCAACCAGGGGGACGGCCACGCCUUGCCCCCCAUCGCCCGCCGGCUCGGCCACCACCCGCCGCAGUCACUGAACGUGGGCAAGCCCCUGUACCAGAGUGUGAACUGCAAGCCCAUGCAGAUGUACGUGCUGGACGUCCGGGGGGCCCAGGAGCAUGGGCGGGUGGCCUGGAAGGUCUUCCACAGCAGCUGUGUGGUAGGGCCCCCCGAGACCAGCCUGCACACCGUGGUGCAGGGCCGGGGGGAGGUCAUCAUCUUUGGCGGCCUGAUGGACAAGAAGCAGAACGUCAAGUACUAUCCCAAAACCAAUGCCUUGUACUUUGUCCGAGCAAAGAGAUAAUGCAGCGGCGGAAGCGGCUCCCCCCCUCCCCUCAAGACCCCCUCAUCGUCGUCGUCCUCUUCCUCCUCCGUGCUCUGUCAAGCGGGCUGUGAAUCUGGGCAUCCACCCACCAAUAAAAAAAAGAUCUAAGCAACUGGAA